GUCGCCCCGCCCCUGCCGCUCACCGCUCCCUCCCCUGGACCUGCUGGCGGCUGCGCUUCUCCCAGACCCCGGAGCGGUUGGAGGGGCCCUAGGCGACCCUGAGCGCACAAUUAGCCCCGGGAAAUCAGAGGAAACUGGAGCAGCGGAGGAGAGCAGCGGAGGGUAGCAGAGCCUACCCUGCACGCUGAGGGGGGGAAAUGGGAAGGAGACAGAGUUAGGUGAGGGAGCGCGGAGUAAGUGAGCUGGGGUCGGACUGCAGCUCCGGCUCGGGACCCAGACUGGUCGGCCAGGCCCCCUAGCCGGUGUUACACCCGAUCUGAAGAGGGCAGAGCGGACACAUGGCCUCUCCCUUCCUGCCCGUGGGGGCCACCACUGGCGACAGUGGCGGAGAGCUGAGCUCGGGAGACGACUCCGGUGAUGUGGAAUCCCUCCAGACCCCCGAGACCGAGGCUUCCAGGAGCCUGACAGAGCUGUUUGAGAAGGCUGCAGCACACCUCCAGGGCCUGAUUCACGUGGCCAGCAGGGAGCAGCUCUUGUAUCUGUAUGCCAGGUACAAGCAGGUCAAAGUUGGAAAUUGCAAUACUGCUAAACCAAGCUUCUUCGAUUUUGAAGGAAAACAAAAAUGGGAAGCGUGGAAAGCGCUUGGUGAUUCAAGCCCGAGCCAGGCAAUGCAGGAGUAUAUUGCAGCAGUUAAAAAAUUAGAUCCAGGUUGGAAUCCCCAGUCGCCAGAGAAGAAAGGAAAAGAAGCAAUUACUGGUUUUGGUGGGCCAGUUGUUAGUUCUCUGUAUCAUGAAGAAAUCAUCAGGGAAGAAGACAAAAAUAUAUUUGAUUACUGCAGGGAAAACAACAUUGACCAUAUAACCAAAGUCAUCAAAUCGAAAAAUGUGGACGUGAAUAUAAGAGAUGAAGAGGGCAGAGCUCUACUCCAUUGGGCAUGUGAUCGAGGACAUAAGGAACUAGUCACGGUCUUGUUGCAGUAUAGAGCUGAUAUUAACUGUCAGGACAAUGAAGGUCAAACAGCUCUGCAUUAUGCUGCUGCCUGUGAGUUUUUGGACAUCGUGGAGCUGCUGCUCCAGUCUGGCGCUGACCCCACGCUCCGAGACCAGGAUGGCUGCCUGCCGGAAGAGGUGACAGGUUGCAAAGCCGUGUCUUUGGUGUUGCAGCAGCACGUGACUGGCAAGGCUUAGUCAGAAGACUAGAAAGCCACAGUCUGUAACAGCACAGGGCUUCGACGAUGAAGGAAAACUGCGAAAAUCAUACUUCUGUUACCACCCACCUUUGGUGUACAUUGGUAAUAAAGUCGGUUCUGAGAAACGAGGA